AGCGCCGGGCUGGAGCAGCCGUAGCGCCGGGCGGGGGGCGAGCGGGGCGCGCCGAGCCGGGUACCCGCGCGAGCCGGGGCGUAGGGCGGGAGUCCCGCAGCCCCUGCGCCCGGCCGCCCGGCUCCGUACAGCAGCGUGCGGCACGCUGCGCCCAUCAAGCGCCCUGGGAUGGCCCGGCCGCCGCGCGCACCCGCCCCUUGGCCCAGCGCCCUCCCCCGCCGCCCGCGUCACCCGUCGCGGGGCGCAGCUCAGAAGGAGCCGGCGGGGUCGUGCCGUCCCUGCGCUGCCCCCACACCCUCCGCCGGGGCAGAGCUAUGGCUGGUGGGUGCUGGGGAAGGAUGCCCCUCCCCCCCCCGCGCGUGUACAAGCUUGUUCCACUCCCCGCGAGCCCACACUGCUGCGGGGAUGAGACGCCCCCCUGCAGUGUAGCUGGUGUCACAGGCUCUGUGGCUAUGCAGCAGGUACCUGACUAAUUUCCUGAUGGAUCUGCAGGAAGAGGAGGAGGAAGAGGAGGCAGAAGAGGAAGAGUACCCUGGCAUCAGAGACUCUCAGUGGCAGAUGUUGCUCAGUAUAAUUGGCAUAACCGCUGAUGUCCCCUGUGUAGACCGCCGCUUUUGGUGCAGGGUCACAAGCACAGACUGGUGGGACCACAUUGUCAUGCAGACUUGGGAUGACCAGCACUGGGUCCAGUACUUUCAUAUGAAGAAAGCCACAUUUCUGGAGCUUUGUGAGCAGCUCACCCCCAUCCUCCAGCGUAAAGAGACAUACAUGAGGUCACCCUUGCCAGUCCAGAAGCGGGUUGCUAUAACUGUGUGGAAGCUGGCUACCCCAGACUGCUACAGGUCUGUUGCCAAACAGUUUGGGGUUGGAAAAUCAACUGUGGGUAAAGUGGUGGCAGAGGUAACUGAGGCAAUCAGGCGUGUGAUUUACCCCAAAGUGGCAGGCAUUAAAGAUAUUCCUAAAGUAAUUGCUGGCUUUGAGAGAAUGGGGUUUCCUAACUGCGCCGGGGCCAUUGAUGGGAGUCAUGUGUCCAUAGCUUGCCCUCCACAAGGAGCACAUGAGUACCUAAAUCGCAAAGGGUACUACUCCAUUGUUAUGCAGGCACUAAUGGAUCACAGAGGCAGAUUUAUGAAUGUCAAUGUGGGCUGUACAGGAAAAGUUCACAAUGCCAGAGUUUUUCACCACUCUGGAGUCUACAUCCAUGGACAGGCUAGGACACUAUUCCCACCCAAUGACAUUGACAUAAAUGGUGUUACUGUCCCCACUGUUAUUCUAGGGGACCCUGCAUAUCCUCUUUUGCCUUGGUUAAUGAAACCAUACCCUGAUGUCAAAGACCCUGGCAAAAAAAGGUUUAAUUACAUUGUAAGCAAGUGUAGAAUGGUUGUUGAAUGUGCUUUUGGCAGAUUAAAAUCACGUUGGAGGUGUUUACAGACCCGUUUGGAUGUCAGUGUCAUCAAUGCUGUCCGCAUUACUGUGGCUUGUUGUGCUCUUCACAACCUUUGUGAAGCCAGAGGUGAGCCAUUUUCCCCUGAAUGGACCUCUGACAGCAAGGGAACACAGAAUUGGUACCCUCAGCCAGAAAGUGCAGCUAUCAAGGCAGGAGCUGAUUGCACCCAAGCAGCAAAUGUAAGGGAUGCUUUGUGUGCUCACAUUAUGGACUUGCAUGGCCCGGUGGAAGAGGGGGAGUAGCACCUGUACAAAUGUGCUGGCUGGAAAAACUGGCUCAUUCUUGGGAGGGAGAUGGUCUUGAUCGUCAUGCUUGAUCAACAUGAAAAAUAAAUGUGUGUUAGGUUGAGGGUAGCAAAUAGAGGAAUACUGUUUGUUUUAUCAUGCUUAAUUGCUCCAUAACAUGUUUUUACCUUCAUCUCAAAUCCUGACUGUAUGAUGUGAUGCACUGAUAGCAAUAAACUUUCUUGAAAACA